GCGCCCUGGUCGAUUGCCCCAGCCCAGGGUGUCCCGAAAGCCUUCUGUCCUGAUCUGCCCGCCUCCUCCCUCAUCGCCGUCGCCGUCACCAUCGCCAAAUCGCAUCCGCCCCCAAUGAACCCAUCGACAGCAGCGACGAUGCACCCCAUUCUCUCGCGUGCAACCUCCCAAGAGAUCCAGGUGCUCUAUUCGCAGUUCAAGAACAGCCUCGAUCUCCUGAUCGACCAUGCCGCCAAGACCCCGAUACCCGAGCUCGAGUCAAUGACAACCCCGUUGACGGAGCGCCCGCCAGGUGCCUCGGACAAGUCGAUCGAAGAGGGCACCGUCUAUCUUGGCCAGGUGUGCUCGACCAUGGAGGAAAUCUUCUCGCAUGGCUUCAUGGCCAAGCGGAGCUGGCUUCGGACCAGAACCGUCUGGGAUUUCAUCGAAGAAACCCUCCGCAAGUACUCGAGCGAGCAGAUGGAUGUCCAAGCAACCCUGGCCACCGUCAACACCAUGACCGAGGCCAACCCCAGCAUGCGCACCAAAGUUUGGAUCCGGCUGACGCUGAUGCAGCAGACCCUCGGCGACCACAUCCACACCCUGAUUGCGAAUCGGACGGUGCUCGCUGCGUGGUACGAGCCAUGGGCAUUCCUGAUGCAGCCCGACAAGGCCGACCCGCUCAUAGGAAUGCUGCAGGGUCUGACGCAGCUCGAGUUCAAUCUCUAUCUCAAAGACGAGUCGUCGGAGCUGCUUACGGAAAGCAAGAGUCGAGCGCCAUCCACAAGCACUACAAAUGCGGCCAAUGCUGCGAAUGAGCUCCUCAAGACCGGCAUCGCGGGUAUCGGCAGUCUCACCGAGAGCAUCAACAUCAGUGGCAUCGCCGCGUCUCUACAAACCAAAGUCGAAACAGUGCGCACUGAUGGAAUCAAUCUGCUCGCCGAGUCCCUCAAAUCCAGAUCCCUUCCAGUCUCCUCGCGCGGUGCAGGCGAGGCUAGCGAAGAACUUGAGAAGCUUCGGACUCAGCUCGAAGCUGAAAGAAACAUCCGGGUGCAGCUGGAAGUCCAGAUUCUGUCGAUGCAGCGGGCCAAGGACGACGACGAGCUCAAAUUCAAGUCCGACUUGGCCAAGAUGGAGCAGAAGGUCCGGGAACUUGCUCAGUCGCUCGAGCUGAACGAUAACCGCCUCAAAGCGACCCGAGAAGAGUUGGCACAUAGCCUGCGCGACCAGGCUGACCUCAACGCCCAGCUGGACCGUGCUCGUAUGGCUGCGCGCAUCGCCAAGGUCCAGCUCGAGAAGCUGCAGAAGAGCCAGAGGACUGCAUCUGGGUCACAGUCGCAAGACAGCGCCGAGUCGCUGGGCAGUGCCCCACGCAGCCCCGUCUCCGGUCCAGCCUUGCUCUCCAUCCAGACCGGACGGACAGAGCCAAGUCUGGAGCGCGACACUGUUCAGUCCAGAACCUUGGCCCGCUCACCGCUCGAGCCGCGGGGCGACACUGGGCUGACUGGAAGCGAUGAACUGAGGUCGCCCGAGGGCUCGAUGGAAUCCAUCGGCGAUAUCCCUUCGUCUCUUCCGACGACGCCGAUCACCUUUAUGGCAGCCGAUUUGCCGAUUCCCGGCUACCAAGAUGAUGCAUCCAGGACCAACGAGGCUGCCGGGCUGCCGCACUCACCUACCACUCAGCCAACGGAUGGUGCUAGAUCCAAGCGACUCUCGGCUGCUCCGCCUGGGAUGCUGCGCCAAAGCAGCGCUGGUCAGAGCAGUUCAAGCCAAGGCGCUUAUGGCACCAAGAGCGCAAAGAAAGGCAGUCGCAACAGCAUCACUCUCGAGUCGCUCUAAGCAAUUUGUCACUUUGGGGCAGCUUCCCUAAACAAAGAAAGCCACGGUCUGAAAUGCA